UACCAGCAGGAGUAAUGAAACGGGGAGAGGGGCUUUUUCCGCAGCUUAUUGCUGAGACCUUAUGCUGAGACCACAGAAUAGCAGCACACAGAGAGGGCAGACCCAAACUUUCGGACAGAGGACAGAGACGUCUUUAUCUGUUUUGAAUUCGUCUGUAGUCUUUCAUUCAGUUUUGUUUGUCCAUCAGCCAAACGAUACUUUGUCGCAGUUCGUUGGAAGUGAUUUACUGGGCAACGGUAAAGAAGGACACAUUUUGCGGAUUUGACGCCUUUACCUGUGUUUUCCCCCUAAACUUCACUUCGGAUAGGAAACACAGAGUUGAAUCCUAUUUGCGCCAUAAAGAGACGUAGCCAGAGGGGCUUCAGCUGCCCUGCACCACUGGAGCCUUCAAUAAUGUCGGGGCCAGCACACCACAACCAGCCUAUUCGCUUCUGACCCAACAUGGAGCUCAAGGUCUGGGUGGAUGGAGUCCAGAGGGUCGUCUGUGGGGUCACGGAGGCCACUACCUGCCAAGAGGUGGUGAUCGCUCUGGCACAGGCCAUAGGUCGCACUGGGAGAUACACUCUAGUAGAAAAAUGGCGGGACACCGAGCGUCACCUAGCCCCUCAUGAAAGCCCGGUUGCUUCUCUGAACACCUGGGGCCAGUAUGCUGGGGAUGUCCAGCUUAUCCUGCAUCGCACAGGCCCCUCCCUGACUGAACGCCCCCCCUCAGAAGGACCCCCUCUUAGGGGUCCUGAACGCGGGCUGCAUCGGCAGAGCCUGCCUCCCCUUGCAAAGCUUCGCCAUCCUAACGAUCGCUCCCUCCGCCGCCGUGAACCACGACGCAAGUCUCUGACGUUCACUGGUGCACCCAGAGGCCUCAGGGAGAUACUGAGUGGAGGCCGAGCCAGUGAGGCGGAGGCUAAACGCAGACUCUUCAUGGGAAACGGUGGGAAUCACAACCAUGCAGGACCGUCCAUGGGGACCGCAUCCCCUGGCCUGUGGGCCUGUCGCAUGGAGGAUCUGGUCAGACUGGUGGGUAUACAGAGGGAGACUCUCAACGUUCUGGAACAAAAGCUGGAAGCCUAUGAGGCUGAGCUCCAGGUGUGUUCUGAAGGGCGAGGGGGCCGCGGUGGAGGGUGCAUCGGGGACCCAGAUGGAGGGGGCGGGCUGAUAAAAGAGAUCCUGAGGCUGGAGAAGCAUCUGCGGAAGAAUGACGUGGAGAUGGAGGAGGAGGAGUUUUGGGCCACUGAGCUGCAAAUUGAGCUGGAAAGUGAGAGGCAGCUGGAGGAGAGACUACAGGAGCUGAUGGGACGCAUGCAGGGCUGUGAAGUGGAGAUUGAACAAAAGCUGGCAAUGGUACAGAGUGUAGAGGCAGGCUUGGAGGAGGAGCGGCUGCAGAGGGAGAGGCAGGAGACCCAAUGGGUCAGUGAGGCAGAGGCUCGGGCACAGCUGCUCAGGGUCAAAGCAGAAAUGAAAGCCCAGGAGAGACAGGCUGUCCAGCUGGAGAGCAGCUGCAGAGCUGUGGACCGGUCACUUGGACAAAGCAGCAAGAAGCUGCAGAAUUACUCUCCUCACGCUGUUUCUUUGAAGGACAUGCAGCAGGAGUUGGAACAGCUGACCAAGGAGCUGAGGCAGGUUAACCUGCAGCAGUUCAUCAAGCAGACCGGCACCAAGGUCACAGUUCUGCCGGCUGAACCCUCCGAGGAAGAGAGUCCUCACAGCACCCGUGGUAUAGAUUUAGUUCCCCUGUCUGGCUCCCUGAAGCGCCCCGUAUCGCAUGCGAUGUCUAGUCACCUCCGGGUCCUCCACAGCCCCCUCACUUCAGGCCUGAACCCAGAGGGGAUCUAUGUGUGAGCCAUCUUUGCUCAGAGGGAACCGCCCCCAAUCCAGAGCCCAAAACACACGUCUGUAAGUGGAUAUCUUUGUACAGGAUACCUCAGUGGCACACUACUAUGCAUGUCUCGAAUACAGGAGGCAACCUGGAGUGUGAAGACUCACAUAGUGAAGGAACAAAGAUGAUUUUGACAUGGAAGUCGUAGAGCACUUAGUGGGAAUUAAAUAUGUCAUGGUGCUCGGUUUCUGAACUUACAAGGACUUAAAUCUCAAUAUCAGGCUGUUGUGUACGUCCUUUAUAAACAUAUCCACUUAAAAUACUUUUACUCUCACUUUAUUACCUGCUGAAUGAUUUGUAAUGUUUUCUCACUUGCAUCAUGAUUCUAAACAAUUGCCUUUUGGACAGUAUUCUUGAGAACCUUGGUAUGUGAAUUUAUGAAUUAUAUCUCUAAAGUUAUAUGUAUUUUCUGCAGUGAAAACGGCAUAAUGAAUGGUUCUAAUAUAAGAAAUGAAAGAUCCACUUGUGUCAAUACUAAACCAGUCUAGAAUAUAUCGUUUUGCAUAUCAGAAUGUAUUCCUGUAGCUCUGAUUGUUCAUGUUAAAACUAUGCACAACUGGUCAAUAGUUUUGUUACCGAAGAAUGUUACUGUCCGUAUUUACCAAAAUGUUGGCUUACUGUAAAUAUGUUUCCUUACUUUUCAGCUUUAUUUAGAGAAUUAUUAUAUUUUAUUACAGAGAGGUUACAGAAUAUGCAGUGCCCUCAUUCCCGCUACAAUAUCUGCAUAAUGAAACAGUGUUAAUCACCCUCUUAAGCUGUUUUUUGUUGUUUAGAUGACUACAUGGUAUGUUUUUGCCAAUUGUAUUAUGCUUGUUUUUCUGUGUAAGGAUUGGUGGCCAAAGAUUAGCAGGUCCUGUUGCAUGAUUGUCGUUACUAUAGCCAUACCUGGAUGUGCAGAGCACCCGCAGUACAGUAAAUCAGUUAGUUGAAUCUAAAAAUGGUGGCAUGCUAUAAUACAAUGGAUAGCUCCAGCUACUGUGUGUGUGUGUGUGUGUGUGUGUGUGUGUGUGUGUGUGUGUGUGUGUGUGUGUGUGUGUGUGUGUGUGUGUGUGUGUGUGUGUGUGUGUGUGUGUGUGUGUGUGUGUGUCUGUGUGUGUCUGUGUCUGUGUGUGUGUGUCUGUGUCUGUGUGUGUCUGUGUCUGUGUCUGUGUCUGUGUGUGUGUGUGCAGUCAGCAAGGUAUGAAGCCCCUCUUAGGUUGUAGUUCAGCUGCUAAUCACAUCAAAGUGCCUUAUGUUCAUUCCACAGUUGGUGUAUUCAUAUAAUGUACAGAAAAGCUUUAGUAGAAAACAUUGAAGCAAUGAUCUUAGUCAGUUUAGAUCUGAUUUUGCUAGAUGUGUUAGUGACACAUUGCUGCACAGAGAGAAAUGGCAAUAGCACAGCAUCAAAGAGAAAACUAUAAUCAUGUUUUUGUCAGUAUUUUAUAGAAAAAUGAACGGAGAGAAUUUUACUGAUAGAGUGUCUCAUUCUGACACUGUAUUAUUGACACCAUAAUACUAUGUGAUGUAAAAUGCAUUUACAUUAUCUGAUUUAUUUCAUCAUGCAACACAUACUGUUUACUGUAAUCACCAGUUUAGGAAGAAGACAUUUAUUGAUGAAAUUUAAUUUUGGAGUAAUAACAGAUCAGUACCAUCACCCAGGAAUACCUAGUAGAUACAAAAGUCUACCCUUUAACAUUUAGCAUCUACAAUAACCCUCAUGAGUUUUUCUCCACUUUUCAGUUUAAGGACAUUCUAAAAUAGUUUUUAAAUUCUUAGGUUUGACAUUAUCUCUAUCGGGGCAGAUUUUCCCUUUAAGAAAUCACUUGUGUGCAUUUUCCACCACCAUGUGAUGAGAUGUAGUUUUGGUCACUGUUUACAACCAUAUAAUGUUCUAGAGAACUGUAAGAUGUCAACUGUACAUAACCUGUUUUUAUUUUUGUCCUGCCUUAAUAUACUGCAAGUGUUGACAGAUGUACGGCUGUAACUGGCUGCUGAUAUGACAUGGAUUGCAUGAUUCAAUAAACCAUCUGACAAAAUGAAAA